AUGAAAAUAAUAGCUUUUAUAUGCCAAGUUUUGGAUUUUAUAUUACUAGAAGAAUAUAUUAUUAUUGAAAUCUUUGUGCCUAAAUUGAUUAAUUUUUUAAAAAAACUUUAUAAAAAUAAAAUAAUUUGUUCUAUUUAUAUUUUUAAUCAAAAUAUGGCGUCAUUUAGAUAUUCUAUUCUCCGGACAGAAAUUCUUCCUUCUGCACUUUUUGCUUAUGAGGUUUGCUUCACCCAGUAA